CCCGCCAUCAAACACCCGCUUGUCACCGUCCCCGUCCACAACCUCUUGGUGUUGGCAGGCAUGGUGGCGUACGGAUUGACCUCCGACAUCAGGACGGUGUUGCUCAAGGGAUUGUUUACACUUGUACCGCUCCAGGUUCUCUACGACCUCGUGUUGUUGAACGCCAUUGGCACGCCCAAACUGACCAACGUGCCGUUGUUGGUUGCCAGCGCACUUUUGAUCACUGUCGUGUUGAGCGUGCCAGUAUUCGUGGUAUUGUUGGUGUUUGGGGCGCCAUUGGCGUCCCACCUCCCUGAGACCAUGUUGCUCUCGCUCCACUUGGCGGUGCUCGUGUUCAACCCGCUCUUGGUGGUGUUCAAGAUCGACCUUCACGCGUUUACAGCCAUUUUCAAGGUGACCCAGGUGUACCGUUUGAUUUUCAGCAACCUGGUGCUUGCCUCCAGCUUCAUGGCCAUCGUGGGCACCUGGAUGGGUGUGAUUCCCAUCCCGCUCGACUGGGACAGGCCCUGGCAACAAUGGCCCGUGACCUUGUUGUUUGGAGCCUAUUUAGGCACCACGGGGGGCGGGUUG